AUGGUAUCUAGUCUAAAAGAGCUAGUCCAUCCGCGGACAUCGUCCCCAGUGGUGUUAGAUGGACAGUCUCUCGACGUGAGUGCCGUCGUCGCUGUUGCGAGACACGACUGCACAGCAACAAUAACAGCCAACCCCACAGUCCACCAAUCCAUACAAGCCAGCGUCAACCAACUAAACACCCGCCUAGCAAAUGGCGCCACAGUCUACGGCGUCAACACCGGCUUCGGCGGCAGCGCAGACACCCGCACUGCUGACCACCGCGCCUUACAGAAGGCACUAAUCCAGCACCAUAAUGCGGCGGUCGUCCUACCCCAUGAUGAUGGCCUGAACGGCUACAGCCACAACCACCGCAUGCCCGUACCUAUUGUGCGGGCUGCAAUGCUAACAAGGUGUAACUCGCUGCUCCGGGGGCAUUCAGCCGUGCGUCUUGAGGUCGUCGAGGCUAUACUUACUUUCCUUCGGAAUUCAAUGACGCCUGUCGUUCCGCUGCGAGGGAGUAUUUCUGCCUCCGGGGACCUGACUCCGCUGGCGUAUAUCGCGGGUGCGCUGGAGGGGAACCCCGAUAUUGCUGUUUACUGUGGGAAAGACGCGCGGGUGAUCCCGGCCGAUGAGGCGCUGCGCGAGCUCGGUCUGCAGCCGCUGGAUUUUGGGCCGAAGGAGGGACUGGGACUGUUGAAUGGGACGGCCUUUAGUGGCGGUGCGGCCAGCUUGGUGGUGUUUGACGCUACGCGUCUGCUAUCGCUGUCGCAGAUGAUGACUGCUAUGGCUACGGAGGCGCUGGGCGGCAUGGCGUCUAACUACCAUCCGUUCAUCUCGCUAGCAAGACCCCAUCAAGGCCAGGCGGAGGCCGCGGCGAACAUAUUCCGGUUCCUGGCCGACUCGCGCCUCGCGACUGUUUCCACAGGGCCCGAACACACUGGGCUAGCUCAAGACCGGUACGCCCUGCGGACUUCUCCCCAGUGGAUCGGGCCCCAGAUAGAGUCCAUGGCGCUAGCGCUCCGGCAGGUCCGCGCAGAGCUCAACUCCACGACGGACAACCCGCUCGUUGACCCCGAGAACGGCACUGUACACCACGGGGGCAAUUUCCAAGCUGCGUCGAUUACAUCGGCGAUGGAGAAGACGACGAGCGCGGUGCAGAUGAUCGGGAGGAUGAUCUUCGCGCAGUGCUCGGAGCUGAUCAACCCUGUGUUGAGCAACGGGCUGCCGCCGAACCUGAGCGUGGAUGACCCGAGUUUGUCGUUUGCGUUCAAGGGCGUCGAUAUCAAUAUGGCGUCGUAUGUCUCUGAGCUGGGGUACUUGAACCACCCCGUUAGCAACCACGUUCAGUCGGCUGAGAUGCAUAACCAGGGACUGAACUCGCUUGCCUUGAUUGGAUGUCGAUACGCCGCUGAGGCUGUCGACGUGCUGUCGCUCAUGACAGCAACGUAUCUGUAUGUGCUGUGCCAGGCGCUGGACCUCCGUGCGUUGCACGCAGAGUUCGUCCGCGACGUCCGCGGCAAGAUUGAUUCCGUAACGAGUGAGCUCUGCCAUCUGGACAGCUCCCAGCGCCUGAGGGAUGAAUUGCUCGACCACUGGCGCCGGCACAGCACCAGCGAUUUGGAAGACCGCGCGGUUCAGACGGCGAAUAGCUCUGUGGGAGUGUUCCUGGAUCUAAUGACUGCUGACAGCAGCGGUAUCGCUGGGGACGAGGUGGCUCGAGAAUGGAAGACGCGAGUAGCGAGAACUCUGGCUGAUAGUUAUACCGCCACGCGGACUGGAUUCCUUGAGAAUCCUACGACGAAGAACUAUCUGUGCAGUGCGUCGCGGAGUCUUUACGGCAUUGUCCGGGGUGAGCUCGAUGUGCCGCUGCAUCGCGGCCUUGAAGACCACCCUGCCUAUGAUAGGGCGCACAUGGAGGGAAAGAAAUGUAUCGGGUCGCGUAUCACCACCAUUUAUACUGCCGUCCGAGAUGGGCGUUUUGAUGAUGUAUUGGCCACAUUCUUUUGA